GGAGGAAACACAUGAAACACUGAAAUGUGAGACUGAAGUGUGUUAAUCUCAGAUUCACGGGUGAUGUAAUGUCUCAUUCCCGUCAUUGCUCGUAGUUUUAAGCGGUGGGUCAGAGUCAGGCAGAGAAACGCACUCGAAGCUCUACACUAAACUGACUUCGUCUCCAGAGAGCGCGCGCUUGCAGACCCUCUGUCUGAUUCAGAAUGGAUGUGCUCGCGAGCGGACAGAAGAUGUUGGCGGGGAAGGGUGCAGCGUGUCUGACAUGUAAAGGGAUAUGCACUGGAUUCCAGCCACAUUCCUGGAGAAAAGCUUGCAUACAGUGCCGCUGCAGUCAGGAGGAGCAUGUGUCCAGCUCCGACACUGAGGAUGACCGCAAGGUGGGGAGACUGCUGGCAGAGUCCCGUUAUGCCCAUCUCACAACUAAGGUUAAGGGAGGAGAUGGCAUGAGGGUCUAUAAACGCAACCGCAUGAUCGUCACCAACCCAGUGAUCUCACGUAAAGACCCAACGUUCAACACCGUCACCUAUGAUUGGGCCCCACUAGGCCUCACCCAGAAACUGGCGAUGCAGUACAUGGAGCUUCUCCCUGAAGAAAGGCGACCUGUGGCUGGCACAGCAGGAUCGUUAUAUCGCCACAAGCAACUGAUAAAACAGCUACCUUCCUACGAUCACGACCCUGCAUACUGCCACAGCCUGUCUGAGGUGGAGUUGAAAGCUAUGGCUCAGUUUGUGAAAUCCUUUAAGGAGGAAUCCUUAGCAGUAGGAGAGGUUGCCCUGCCUGGAGAAAAAUGUACAGCAGUGAAGAAUGAAAAGGACUCCCAAGAACAGCCAGAUCCUGAGACUACCACAAAUGGAACAGCACAGUCUGCUCUCAGCAAUAAGAGUGAAUAUCGUUGCAGUGGCUGUGGACAGUUGGCAGCUAUGGACAGUCCUGUGGUGUACGCCGACAGGGCCGGAUACUCGAGACUGUGGCAUCCCAACUGCUUUGUGUGCUGCGAGUGUGGCGAGGCUCUUGUGGACCUGAUCUACUUUUGGAAGGAAGGAGCACUGCUGUGUGGACGCCAUUACUGCCAGAGCAUCAGACCUCGCUGCCUGGGCUGUGAUGAGCUGAUCUUCUCAGAAAUGUUCCUGCAGGAGGCCAGUGGUCAUGUGUGGCAUAAGGAACACUUCUGCUGCUGGCUGUGUGGGCAGAAUCUCAGAGUUCAAUGUGGUUGUGACAAGCGCCAAUCAAAAUAAUUCAGAAUAAACAGAAAAUACUCCACAAUAUGUUAAAAUGCCACUAUAUGUGUUUUAAACACAAUUUUCCACUAUUUUAACUAUUUUUAUUGGUGGGAUUUUUGAUUUGCAUAUAGAAACCCAUGCAAAGCCUGACUUAGCAUAUUAGCAUCCUCAAAAACAAAAAAUAUCAGUGUUUAUUGAUAGUCUAGGAAUUAUUAAAGGGGUCAUGAAUUGAGAAAUCAAAUUUUACCUAAUCUUUUGACACAUAAGACGUCAUUGUACUAAAAUGUAUAAAAACAGACUGUACUUUGCAGAACUCAAAACUUCCUUGUUAGUCCAAAAUCAACUUUUCUUGAAACAAAGCUGCCAAAACUAGUUUCCAAUUCUGAGUUUUAAUAGAGUCAACAACAAGACUGCCUGCACAGACACAGAUCAAUGUCUGAUUCCGCUAAUGCAUUAUAUGAACACGUUUACAUUGUAGUUUACAUUAAAGUGUCUUUAAUCAGUGGUCAAAUUAGAGGUUUUCUCAGGUCCCAAUAUCUGUACCUGAUCCAGUUUAACCCGAGACACUUCUCACCCAACAUGCAUAAAACAUUUUUUAGAAAAAGAAAAACCCAACCUGAGACAGACCCAAUAAAUACAGCUUCGGUCUGUUUUUGUUUCAAACCCAACUGGACCCAAAUGCACGUCAGUAACAAAUGAUGGCUUUUUCAUCUGGGUAUGGCACAAACCAAAAUCACAACAAAAAGAAACACUACAGCAGAUGUAGAUUUAUCUUACCUUAUUUGUAGAAAAUAUGUUCUCUGAUCCUUUUUUGUAACAAAAAACAGCUAUGUUUUUAAACCCAUGUUGCCAUAAACCAAAAUUAUGUAGCCUAUACUUUGUCAAAAAUCUGAAGGAAUAGAUGAACUUAGCAUAAGCUGUAUGUUGUACCUCAAAAAAGGAAAUUUACGUUAAUACUGAUAAGAAAAUCCCCACACUCAUUUGCUUAAAUGGCUUGGGUAUUUAUACAGUUUAUACGCCAUUUAUACAGAGUUUGGUAAUUUUACAAUAAAGAACAGAUGGACAGAAAACAUUUACAUGUAUUCAUUUAGCAGAUGUUUUUAUCCAAAGCGACUUACAAUUUGGGGAAUACAGAGAAAACAGAGAAAAAAGAAGCAUAAUAGCAUUUGUUUUAAAAAAUAAAACAUUGUUAGAUGCCUGAAAUGAAACAUUGGCAUAUUUUAAAAGAAUUUGGGUCCCACUUUAACCACUUUUAACUUCAUCAAAAAAUAAGUACAAUUUACUUCUUGUGUUCAUAUUGUAUUACAAAAGACUUCUGCUGCUAUUGAGGUGGGAUACGGGUAAGGUUAGGGACGGGUUUGGUGGUCUGGGUAGGUUUAAGGGUGGGUUAAGGUGUAAGGGAUUGUAAUUAUAAAUGUGAUUACAGAAAUUAAUUACAGAUGUAAUUACAUGCAGGUAUUUUUGAAAAUAUAAGUACAUUGUAAAAACAUCAAUGUACUGUACACAAUAAGUGAAUUGUACUAAAUGAGUCAUUUAAAUGUAAUACAUUACAUUUAUUUUAAAAGACUCAAGAAUCAAGGCUAACUAAUGUCAGUUCUGACCCAUGUCUGAGGCACCUGUCAAACUUUUGAAACCAAAACUGCUUGGGUUUUGGAUCUAACAGUGGACUUGUGAGAACCUCUAGUUCAAAUCAGAAGGCCAAACAAAGUCCCUUUCAAGGAAAGACACUCAGCGUCAUGUGCUAAUUUCAGUUAUCUGAGACCAAGUUCAAUCUCUCUGAAUGGGGAAAUCCUGAAAUCUCAAAAACAGCUUGCCACAUUAACAUUUCAAUAAUAUAUUUCAAAUCAGAAACAAUAAAUCCAAAAAUAGAAAUGUUCUUUUUAUGCUCAAAUAGAAAAUAGUUUUUAGAAUGUAUUUCAGUGACUUUCAGUGAGAGUAUUUCAGUCAUUUUCAAUGACUACCAAAAUCAUUGUAGAGAAUGGCCUUUUAUUUCUAAAUUAUGUUUUUGGUGUAAAAAUCCUAUUAACAUUAGGAAACAUUAAAAAAUAUUAUUCUGCAAUAUGAAAAACGCAGUUCAUGACCCUUUUAAGUACUACAUGGAGUACUAUUGAUCAUUAACUGAUGGAGAUACAUUAUCUGACCAUUUGAAUAUUUUUAUCUCAAUCAGUCGUCACUCAUUUUUACUUGAUUAUUUGGAGUAUUAAUCUAUCUUUGAAGAAAGUGGUCCACAAACAACAUUGAUUUAAGUCUGCAAAACUAUUCAUGAUAUCAGCCUGCACUCAGGAGUUUGUCCAAUCAAAUGCUCGAGAAGGUUUUUUUGUUUUCAGUCCUACGGCAUCCAAUACUGCCACAUUGCAAGAACUCGGCUCAUCACUACACAGAUGAACGAGCUUGAAUUCAAUGCUUUCAAUGGGAAACCUUUAUGGUCAUAAGGUAAUCCAAGGUAAUAUAAAAUGGCACAACUAUGAGUGUGAUACGAACAACAGUGGAGUGUUAUAAAAAACAAAAAAUCCCAACCCUCCUUUAAAAAUUUGAAAAUGUCACUUUAUAACUACUAACGAACGAAUGCUGAGUUGCUUCAUUAAAGUUAAAAGCUUAUUGAAUUAUAUACAGUAGAGUAUUAUGAGACAGAGUGAGUGAUUACCUGCAUCUGAACUGAAACAGCAUUCAUUCUUCGGCUCAGUCUCAUAUAGUUAAAAAGUUUGUUUUAUUGUCCACUGAGAAAAGCGUGUCAAAAUCACCAUCACUAACACACAGCCUGUUUCUCAAUAUCUAAUACUACCAUUAAAUGCUACUAUUAUUUAUAUAAAAUAUUAUUUAUUGAACAAUAAUAGCCAUUAUGAAGGUAUAAGAAGUUUGUACAGCAGGAAAUAAACGCAAGUAAACAGUCUUGCAA